GUGAACCUUGGCCGCCCAUUGAAGAUGGCGGCGGAGCUGCAUCCGCGGAGCGGAAAGCUGGUCGGCCUGUCCAACUCGAACCGAACCGCUCGGCGCAACCAGCCCGUCCAGGAGUUCAACCACGGCCUGGUGCUCAGCAAGGAGCCCCUGAGGGACCGGGAUGUCUUCACCGUCCGCAUCGACAAGAAGGUGAACUCGUGGAGCGGCUCCAUUGAAAUCGGCGUGACGGCUCUGGACCCCGCUGCGCUGGACUUCCCCAGCAGCGCCACGGGCCUCAAGGGCGGCUCCUGGAUCGUGUCGGGCUGCUCGGUCCUCCGCGACGGACGCUCUGUCCUGGAGGAGUACGGCCGCGACCUCGACCAGCUGGUCGAAGGCGACCGGGUAGGCAUCCAGCGCAGCUCCCGGGGCGAGCUCCACCUCUGGGUGAACGGACAGGACUGCGGGGCCGCCGCCAGCGGCUUGCCGUCCAAACUCUGGGCCGUGGUGGACCUGUACGGAAAGUGCACUCAAGUGACUGUGGUGAGCUGUGAACCACCGCCUCCCUCUGCAGAGAAGGAAAGAGAGACGAUAGAACGGGACCAGGAGGACGCGGAGGACGCAGAGGAGGAGGAGGAAGAGGAGGAGGUGGUAGUGCAUGGAGGAAGGGAGGAUGGAGGGAUCACAGCGCUGAUGAAUGUGGCAGCGAUGAAUGGAGUGGUGAACGGAGAUGAAGUGCCUGAGCUCAGCUGCAGUAAUAGCAGACCAGACAAGUUCCCCAACAACCUGGAGGCUGACACCGGUCUGACAGAGCACCAGCUCUUUGACGUGUUCAACAACGCAAUAGUGUCCUUCUACCGCUCUGAGGAUGAGGGCGGAGGGGAAGACGGUGGAGGAGGGGUAGGUGGGGAAGGAGGAGGAAACGCCGGAUCCGACUCUUCCUCAAGAAACGAGCGGGGAAGCAGAGGUGGAGGAGGCACGGCGGUCAGUGACGGUGGAACAACAGCGGGAGAGGGAGGUGGUGGGAACGCCGAUAACAGCCCGGCUGGCAACGGAGGAGGAGGGGUGGGGUCGGGAGCGGUGACGGGCGGGAUGACCACGAACGACGCGCUGCUGUUCCACGAGAAGUGCGGCACGCUGAUCAAGCUGAGCAACAACAACAAGACGGCGGAGCGGAGGAGACCGCUGGACGAGUUCAACAACGGCGUGGUGAUGACCAACCGGCCUCUCCGCCACAACGAGAUGUUUGAGAUCCGCAUUGAUAAGCUGGUGGACAAGUGGUCUGGCUCGAUUGAGAUCGGUGUAACCACGCACAACCCAAACAACCUGGACUAUCCUGCAACUAUGACCAAUCUGCGCUCAGGUACAAUCAUGAUGAGUGGCUGUGGGAUAUUAACCAAUGGGAAAGGAACCCGCAGGGAAUACUGUGAAUUCAGCCUCGAUGAGCUACAGGAGGGUGAUCACAUAGGGUUGAUGCACAAAGCCAGUGGUGCGCUCCAUUUCUACAUUAACGGAAUUGAUCAAGGUGUUGCAGCAGCCCAGACCCCCAGUGUGGUCUAUGGUGUGGUGGACCUCUAUGGUAUGGCUGUUAAAGUCACCAUAGUCCACAACCACAACCACAGUGACCGCCUCAGGCGCAACAACGCCAUCAUGAGGGCUCUUUCGCCUGACGUAGGUCGACCCCGGCCGUCCCUUACCCUCACUCCUGACUCGGAGGGGCCCGACCGCCUGCUUUUUCACUCCAACUGUGGCCAGAAGGCUGCCAUCAUCUGUGACGGCAGGACAGCGCUGCGACCACAUGCGACCGAUGACUUCAACCACGGGGUGGUCCUGAGCAACCGGCCGCUGCGCUCCAACGAGGUGUUCCAGGUUCGCAUUGACAAGAUGGUGGACAAGUGGGCAGGCUCCAUAGAAAUCGGUGUCACUACGCACAACCCCGCCUACCUGCAGCUGCCGUCCACCAUGACGAACCUGCGCUCAGGGACGUGGAUGAUGACGGGGAACGGUGUGAUGCACAAUGGAACGACUAUACUGGACGAGUAUGGACACAAUCUGGAUCGACUCAAAGCAGGGGACACAGUCGGAGUGGUGAGGAAAGAAGACGGCAGCCUGCAUUUCUUUGUGAACGGUGUGGCUCAGGGCCCGGCAGCCUGGAAUGUCCCCCCCAGCGUGUACGCUGUGGUGGACCUGUACGGCCAGGCAGCCCAGGCCACCAUCAUGGACGACAUGGUGGACCUCCCCCCUCUUCCAGAGGACAGCUCAGAAGGCCCCACUGCCAUUUCCCCCGGGAGCCCCUGCUCAGUGGCUGGGGCCACCACAACCAGUGACCUGCAUUUCCACCAGCUGCACGGCACCAACGCCGUCAUCACCAAUGGGGGACGCACUGCUCUGCGUCAGAACUGCCGCAGCGAGUUCAACGAUGCGAUUGUCAUUUCCAACAGGUGCCUUCGGGAUGGAGAGCUGUUCGAAAUAGUUAUUCAGAAGAUGGUGGACCGCUGGUCAGGUUCAAUAGAAGCAGGAGUGACGGCCAUCAGACCUGAGGAGCUGGAGUUUCCAAACACCAUGACCGACAUCGACUACGACACGUGGAUGCUCAGUGGAACAGCCAUCAUGCAGGACGGAAACACGAUGCGCAACAACUACGGUUGUGAUCUGGACUCCCUGACCACGGGCUCUCGGAUUGGCAUGAUGCGCUCGGCCAGCGGUAACCUCCACUAUUACAUCAACGGCGUGGAUCAAGGCGUCGCCUGCUCUGGCCUGCCGCCAGACGUGUUCGCUGUCAUCGAUCUGUACGGUCAGUGCGUUCAGGUGUCCAUCACCAGCUCCUCGGGCCCGCUGGACAACAGUCUGUGUACCAGCAACGUCACCGAGAAGAGCUUCCCCAUUCACUCCCCAGCGGCGGGCGUCGCCCAUCACUUCCACAGUAAACACGGUAAGAACGUGGUGCUGCUCGGCGAGGGCUGCCAGGCCAUCCGAGUCGGAGGUUACGCUCACGGCAUCGCCUUCAGUGCGAAGGAACUCAGAGCAGACGAGCUGUUUGAGGUGAGGAUCGAUGAAGUGGACGAGCAGUGGUGCGGUUCGCUGCAUAUUGGUCUGACCACGCUGGCUCCCCCGGAGCUGCCGUCCUGCCCGCUGUCCAGCCUCACCCCGUCCCUCCCACAGCUUCGCACCAAGGUCACCUGGCUACUCUGCAGCUCUGAGGUCCGUCGUAACGGCGCGCUGCAGCGCCAGAACUACGGCUACUCACUGGAUCGGCUGGUGGUUGGGAACCGGGUGGGCGUGAAGAGGUGCAACGACGACACGAUGCACAUCUUCAUUGACGGAGAGGACAUGGGACCUGCUGCCACUGCAGUACCCAAGAAUGUUUACGCGGUUUUGGACCUGUACGGGAGGAUCACGGCGGUCUCCAUCGUCAGCUCUUCGCUGAUGGAGGACUCUGAGAGCGUCAAGGCUCCUUCGCUCACCUCAGACAGCUGCAGCGAGGGGGAGGAGGACAGCAGCCCUGCUAAAGAGGUAGGACAGCUCAGCGAGCAGCGUCCUCAGGUUCUCACGGUCAUGGCGUUUCUGGAAAACCACGGCAAGAACAUCCAGCUGUCCAACCAGAAUCUGACAGCGGCCAGAGUAUCGAGCUACAACCAGGGCCUGCUGGUCACCGCCCAGCCACUGGCCCGUCAGCAGCUCUUCCAGUUUCAGAUCGAUCGUCUGAACCCGUCAUGGACGUCGUCUCUGUCGUUAGGGGUGAUCGGUCACUCCCCUGACCGUCUCAACUUCCCCUCCACGGCGUGCUGUCUGAAACGCUCCGCCUGGCUGCUGCAGCGAGACUCUGUCUUCCAUAACUCCCUGAAGAUAUGUGAGAACUACGGUCCUAACCUGGACACGUGUCCAGAGGGAACGGUGUUGGGUCUGCUGGUGGACACCAACGGUUGUCUGCACCUCUACGUUAACGGCAUGGACCAGGGCGUGGCAGCGCAGGACAUCCCUUCUCCUUGUUAUCCCUUCAUAGACCUCUAUGGCCAGUGUGAACAGGUAACCAUAGUAACGAACACCGUGCCGACGGUGGGUGCAGAGAGCGGCGAGGGUCGUUGUCAGGGCGACAUGGAGAAAGCGGACAUGGUUGACGGGAUCAAAGAGAGCGUGUGCUGGACUCCUCCUCCAGACGUCAACCCCAACAAGACCUGCGAGUACCAGGCGCUGUGCGCCCGCUUCAAGGACCUGCUCACCUUACCAGACGGCUACUUCAACGAAGACGUGAAGUGCAACCUGUGCUACUGCGAGUCCUGCCACAAGCUCCGGGGCGACGAGGCGUAUUACAAGAGAGGAGAGCCGCCCCGGGACUACGCCCUGCCGUUCGGGUGGUGCCGCUUCGCCCUCAGGAUAAAGUCCCACUGUGAUGUUUCUAAUGCACUAAAGUGGCACAUCGCGUACCACGGCACCAGCGUGGGAAUCCUGCGGCGCACGCUGGACCAGGGCCAGCUACUGCCUGGGACCUCGUCCAUCUUCGUGUCUCCGGUGAAGACGGAGGGGCCAAACGGCUACAGCGAGCCGGAGGAGAACAGCACCCCCGGCAGGGAGGUUCCCAGGGUGCGGCUCUCCCCCACCAUGCGUUACUCCGGCUUGGAGAUCUUUGCUCCCAAAGUGCAAUUUAGGGACCCCCGCUCUCAUCGUUGUCACCAGGCUCAGGUGGGUUUCCAGGUGUGUGUGCGUCCGGGCUCCUAUAAGGUGGGACCUCAAACGCUUGGGCACAGCGAGGCCCUGGACCCUCGCUUUAGUAACUCAGAGAUCGAGUGGAUCACGAAGGAGCAGGGUGGCACGCUCCUCUACGGACUGCUCAUUCGGGUCGAGUGACCAAUCGUCGGAGAUGGCAUUCAGGUGGAAUAAAGUACUUUAGAUCA